AUGGCAGUUGGAACAAGGCUAAAUCCUUCGUUGGAUGAACAAACUAUUGAUCUCACAUUGUAUCGAAGCAUGAUAGGUUCAUUACUUUACCUCACGGCAAGUCGACCUGAUAUUAUGUUUUCUGUGUGUAAUUGUGCUAGGUACCAAUCGAAUCCCAGGGAACCUCAUUUAACUGGAGUCAAGAAUAUAUUUCACUAUCUCAAAGGUACACCUUCGUUAGGACUGUGGUAUCCUUCAAAGACAGUAUUUUUCAUACAAGCAUUCACAGAUGCUGUUUUGGGAGGUUGCAAUCUUGAUCGCAAAAGCACAAGUGGCGGAUGUCAACUUUUGGAUGGGAAGCUUAAUGACAAGCCAAAGUGGAGGCAAGAUAUCGAUUCAGCGGUUACUGUUCAUGAUUCAGUGGUUACUGUACAUAUUCAACGCUUCGACAUGCUUCGCUUUCGACAUCAUGUACAAUGGUUUGACAAAAUCUUUGUUACUUUUGCUAUUUUUCAAAUUUUCGCUAGCCAGUGCAUAAACCUCACAAUAUGUUAA